CUCCGCCGAACGGAGGCCGCUCUGAGAGUUUGAGCUCGAGCGCAGUCCGGUUCACCGACACCUGGAAUAAAGCGCGGAUGCACCUGCAGUUACCGAUCAUGGCACUCGUAUCGUCUCGCUCCGGUGGUGUCCUUGUCCAGUUAUCACCCUCCGUGUGUCUCUGAGAGGAACCAUGAUGUCGGGAAGCUGGCGCCGUGGAACCGUGAUCUCGGGGUCCAGGCUGGGCAGUACCGUGGUUCUGGAGGCUCAGUAUGAUUACUCGUACCGCGCCGCCGACGGCCGUCUGGUCUCCAUACACGAGGGCGAGCGCUUUGUGCUGCUGAAGAAGACCAAUGCAGACUGGUGGCAGGCGCGGAGGAUCGGGGUCGGAGCGAAGGUCAAACCCAUAUAUGUGCCGGCGACGUACGUCAUUGAGCUGCCUAUCAGCCAGUUCCGCCCCUCGCUGGCCUCCAGCCAAUCAGCAUGUGAGACCUUCAAGAUGAUCCCACGAGGUUCCCUCACACCCUGCAUGCAAACGCACGGCUCAGUGCCUGAUAAGCAGUUCUGUCGUUCCAUGGAGAAUCUCAACUGCAGCAGUGCCUUCAUGGACAAACACACCGGCAGAGUCUCAGCACGAGGACGUUUCCCGACGUUACCCCUCUCCGGUUCCUGCGCCUCGCCCUCGGGUCACCUCUCGGUUCCCAGCGUCCCGAUCGCCCGCAGCCAAAGCUCCAGCAACCUUCCCCAGAACCCAUACCAGAACCAGGACCCGAGCCCCAGCAGCCCGACUAAAUCCUACAGCCAGUGGGACAUGAGCGCGGCCGCUCGCAGACACACGCAGGGACACAUACAGAUCUCAUCAUCUGCCUACAUUUCCCAGAGUUCCCUGUCAGAGCAGGGGAAGCAGCAGUGGGCGGAGCCUCCCAAGCCGUUGCCAGGUCAACGACCCCUGCAGGCGCUGCAGCUGUGGGAUCAGUACUGUGACCCUGGAACGGGACGCUUUUACUACGUCAACACCGUUACCGAGGAGCGCUCGUGGAAACCUCCGCGCAGAGCCCGUGAGAGCCACGCCCACCAAAACAAGAUCGGGAUGGUUCAGCGUGACAUCAGGCACCUGUCGCUCCCAUUACAGCACUCAGGAAGCAGCUCAAUGCACAGGCUCUCGCCUGAUCUCUCCUACAUUACCCAUGAUACCAAUGGCUGGCAGCUGAGUCAGAGCAUGCAGCGCACGGCGUCGUCUGAAGCGCUUAGCUCCGCCUCCGGUGUGUUAGGCAACGCCCAUCACAGAAACGUCGCCUUAGCAGGGGGCGUGGCACACGUCAGCCACUCCUACUCCAUGUUCCUGCCCUCACAGGCGCAGAGAGCUUCUGCAAACGGCAAGUCAGAUUACAGGCUGGUGGUGGAACCUCCUUCAUCCGAGAGCUCACCAGACAGUGAAGGAGUCACACCGGAACUGGAAAAGGCCGGUCUGCUCAACAAAACCAAGAUAGCAGAAGGAGGCAGGAAACUGAGGAAAAACUGGAACCCGUCGUGGGUGGUGCUGGUGGGAAACAGUCUCGUGUUCUUCAAAGACCCCAAAAGCCAGAAUCCUGACAGCUGGAAACCGGGGAACAGCCGUCCGGAGAGCAGCGUGGAUCUGAGAGGAGCUCAGCUUCAGUGGGCCAACGACCUGUCCAGCAGAAAAAACGUCUUCAAGCUGAGGACGAUUACGGGAAAUGAGUUCUUGCUGCAGUCGGAGACAGAAUCGCUCAUCAGAGAAUGGUACAGAACCAUCCAGAACGUCAUCGACAGACUGGAUAAAGAGAAUCCUCUAGAUAAUGUGCUGCUGUAUUCUCUGAGGAGAGCUGGAUCAGUCGAGAUGUUGGAUCACAGCGGAGACGAGGACGAGAAUCGCGGUGGAAAUAAGACUUCGUUGCCUCGUUCCACGUCUAACCUGGAGAACUCGGAGCACAAGCGAGUGAAGAGCCGCUUGAAGAAGCUGAUCCUCCGCAGGCCUCCGCUGCAGACGCUCCAGGAGAAAGGACUCAUUAAAGAUCAGGUGUUCGGCUGUGCGCUGGAGCUGCUGUGUGAACGAGAGAAAAGCAGCGUCCCUCAGUUCGUCAGAAAAUGCACCGACGCUGUGGAGAGGAGAGGUUUGGAGACUGAUGGGAUUUACAGAGUCAGCGGGAAUCUGGCCGUCAUUCAGAAACUGCGCUUUGCUGUCAAUCAUGAGCGAGCCGUGACCACAGACGGACGCUAUCUCUUCCCUGAGGAUUUAGUUCAAGAGCGUCUGGAUCUGGACGACCCGCAGUGGGACGACAUUCACGUCAUCACCGGAGCGCUCAAGCUGUUCUUCAGAGAGCUGUCCGAGCCGCUCGUCCCGUACGGAUUCUUCCACGACAUCAUCGAGACCGUCAAACUAUCUGAUUACCUGGAGAAGGUGGACAGACUGAAGCUGCUGGUCAUCAGCAUGCCUCCACCCAACCACCACACCUUAAGACACAUGAUCCGCCACCUCAGACGGGUGAUGGAGCGCUCCGACAGCAACCGUAUGACCACGCAGAACAUCGGCAUCGUGUUCGGCCCCACGCUGAUGCGUCCGGAGAACGAGAGCGGAAACAUGGCCAUUAACAUGGUGUAUCAGAACCAGGCCAUCGAGCUGCUGCUGAGCGAAUACCAGCAGAUCUUCGGAGCCGAGCAAUGAAACAAUCCCAGACUGCACUGGGACACCAGGACGAGUCUGGAGACGCUGCAUCAUUACUCCACAAACCCACCGUAGAUAUGAGAGGCGUUUAUGAACGGGUGGAUCUCAUCAGAACACAACCGGGUCACAUUUCAGCUCAGAUGCCAGAAAUAAUAAUAAUAAUAAAAAGAAAUUAUAUUUUGCAUAAAGAAAAUUAAUUUUUAGGAUCAUUAAGAUAACAUAAUAAUAUUAUUUUAUUGUUAAUUAAACACAUUUUCACCAUCAAUUCUCAAAGCAUCCGGACAUUUUAUAUUUUGUUUUACUUUUUGACUGUAAAAAGUUCUAAAAAAUGUAUAUGAUAUUUUGCAUGAAGUAAAAAAACCCGAAUUCUUAGGAUUAUUAAAAUAACAGUAUGAUAUUAUUUUAAACACAUUUUUGCUAUAAAUGUUCAAAGCGUCCAGACAUUUUACUUUAUUUAAUUUUUUUCAACAGUAAUAAUUAUUUUAAGUUCUAAAAUAUAGAAAUUAUAUUUUGCAUGUAGAAAAAUCAUUUUUUGGUAUCGUUAAGAUAACCAUAUGAUAUUAUUUGAAUCACAAUUAAACACAUUUUUGACAUAAAUUCUUGAAACAUCCAGGCAUUUAAAUUGUUUAAUACAUUUUUCUUCGACAGUAAUAAUUCACAUAAGUAAAAAAAAAAAAAUUGAAAUUAUAUUUCACAUAAAGAAAAUGAAUUUUUAGGUUUGUUAAGAUAAUUUUGAUAUAAAGUCUCAAAGCAUCCAGACAUUUUACGUUUUUUAAUUUUUUAACAGUAAUAAUUCUAAGUUCUAAAAAUAUGACUUAUAUUUUGCAGAAAAAAAACAUUUUUAGGUUUUUAAGUUAACAUUAUGAUUGAUAUUAUUUUAAUUAAGCACAUUUUGACCGUAAAAUCUCAAAGCAUCGAGACAUAUUACUUUUUUUUACAGUAAAAAUGUCCUUAAGUUCUAAGGUUUUAUGAUAUUGUACAACAGAAAUAAUAGUCAAAACAGUAAUAAUAAUUAAUUAUAAUUUAAUUAAUAACAAUCUUUAUGCAAAAAUAUAACUUCUUUCUUUUGAUGUUUUUGAGUGACCUGAAGAUUUUCAUGACGGGUUUUUGGAGAUUCACUCAAGUUUAUUUGUGUGUGUGUGUGUGUGUGUGUGUGUUAUUCGUCUUUCAACUCUUCAGAUUUCAUCCCUAGUGCCUUUUAACUGUUUUGAUCUCAAAUGAUUCUCCGCUCAGAGCUCAUGCAGAUUUAAUGCACAAGAACACAAAGGACAAAACGCUGUCAAAAAAAGCCGUAUAUGUCACUCAAUAAUCAGAAAGAUCAGCACGGGUCAAAUUCUUCUGCCAUUUAGUCGCCUUUUAAUGUAGAAAUAAAACUGGAUGCAAUUCUCUCCAAAAUGCGAUGCAAUUCCCUUUCCAUUGUUCUGAUGCGUGUGUGUGUGUGUGUGUGUGUGUGUGUGUGUGAGAUAGAGGAAGUUCAAAGGUGUUUGUGUGUGUGUGUGUGUGUGUGUGAGAUAGAGGAAGUUCAAAGGUGUUUGUGUGUGUGUGUGUGUGUGUGCCAGUCUCAGCGCGGGUGGAGCUCCGCUGCCAUUUCUCCAAAACUCUGCUUUUAAUAACAGAACAAAAGAGGAACUAAAAAUGCAUAUGUUUAAAAAAUGUGCAUCCCCACCCGCCCCACGCCGUGGUUUGGUAAUUUUAUAUGGACUGUGGCUUUGGCUCUCGACUAAAAGAGCUGGGCAGAAGAACAAGAACCGGGAACGCGUACACACAUUUUAAUGUUUGAUUUUAUAUAUUUAUUCAUUUUUAUUUUCUUAUUAUUUCAAUUCCUCGAGGGGCCGCAAAGAAAGUCUCCAGAGGAGAAGCAGAACAGAAAGGACUGAUGUUAUAAUAUUCCUCUUCAUUUCUGACAUCAGGCACGCAUUAUUAUGAACCUUCAAGGCCUGUUUACUGACUCAAAGUAAGACGCUUAAAGAGAUAGUUCACCCCAAAAUGAUCAUUUUGUCAUUUACUCACCUUCAAAUCUUCUGCCAAACAUUUUCAUGCGGUUAUUUUCCAUAAAACGAGAGCAAAUGUGACUCCUAAAAGGAAGAAGAACUGAAUUUAUGCAUUGGAAAUGCUCUCUUUGCUGCAGAUUUCAUGUAUCUGAACUGUGUGUUGUAUAUAAAGCAGGACUGUGAAUAUCAGGCUAAACUUCUGCUUUUGUGUUCAUUCAUAAAUGACGACAGCUUUCAUUUGUAGGUGAACGAGUCCUUUAGAGAGAAACAUGCUUUCGUGAUUCAUCGUCUGACUCUCCUCAUGUUCUCUGUGUUUCUGAAAACUCUCCUACACUCAUGAAAUAUUAUAUUUUAUUAUGAGAGCUCUCAGUUUUUGUGUGAAUGUUUCCUUUUCAUAAUCUGCCUAUUAUGAUGAAGACGACUAGUCAUAAAACAUCAGUUCGUCAGACCACAUCCAUAGUCAGAGUGACUUGCCUUUUCUCCCUUUAAAUUCUGUAUUUCAGAAUUAUGACAAUAAAAACAGAAAAACUGUUCGGAAAGAG